GGUCUCCGGAGAUCUUCGGCUAUCUUCGUCAGAACCGAGCCCUACGUACUGCUAGGGUCACAUGACGCGACUAGCUCCGCAGCGUGAGCUCAGCUUUCUACUGCCCGGUAGCUAUAAAACAUUUCUGAUGCUAACUAACACUUGCGUCUGAAUAUUGAUAUCCUCCGACUUAGAAAAGUAGCUUUACCUCACGACGCAGUAUUUUGUAGAAGCCUAGUCUAAGAGCUAUACAACACAGAGCCGCGCUUUUGGAAAUAUUUUGGACAUUUUUUCUCUGCUAGCUAGCCAAGGUUAGCGCGUUAGCUAACAAUAACAGUAACAUCAACAUGAACAUCGACAACGUAAAUCAGUCUGUCACAACUGGAGUGCCAUCUACGACGUCUUCAACUUCAAGUAAUUGUAUUGCAAAUGAUAAUGCAACAACCAACGUCAGCAGCAUCCCUUCGGUCACCAGUAAUGCUUCCACAUCAGCCGCCAUGGUGACACCAUCAGCAGACACAUCUGUCUCCAACGGCGUCUAUGUGCCUGGUGGCAUCACCAAUGGAGAUCUAAAACCUGCCCUUUCUACCACGCCCCUGGCAGAUUUCCUCAUGCAGCUGGAAGAGUACACUCCCACAAUUCCUGAUGCAGUUACAGGGUACUACCUCAACCGGGCUGGCUUUGAGGCGUCUGAUCCAAGAAUAAUCCGUCUGAUCUCCCUUGCUUCUCAGAAGUUUAUCUCAGACAUUGCCAAUGAUGCGCUGCAGUACUGUAAAAUGAAGGGCACUGCCUCAGGAAGCUCAAGGAGUAAGACAAAGGACAAGAAGUACACUCUGACUAUGGAAGACCUAACUCCUGCCCUCUCAGAAUAUGGUGUCAAUGUCAAGAAACCAUAUUACUUCACAUAGAACCGUCUUUGUUUGAGGCUGUUUGCUUUUGCUAGGUUUAUCUCCCUGCUGACCGACUAGUCUGUUAACACCUUUAUUGUUAAAUGGUUUUUUUGAUCACAGUGCUUCAGUACAGCUUUGACAACUCUUUGUACUCACUUUGCCAUUUGUUUUUUUUUUGUGGAGCCACUUAGGGUUAUGUUAAAUUGUAAC